AUGUGUUCUCAAUACACCAAUAUAACUCCGAACCAUAAAAAAAUACCAAGCCGAACCGGUGGGAGAAGUCGUGCGGAGGUGAAUCUAAUUCAAGAAACCCAAGCAAAGCUCAAGCAUGGCUAUGGAGCCUUCGAAUUGAAUACCAAAUGCGUUCGCGAUAGUCGUCUUCACAUACCAAUCAAUUGUUACCAACCGAAGACCGUUCUUUCCCCUCCAUCUAGCCUCUGCCCUUCCCUCCUCCAAUUGGCCCUGCCCUUUGCCGAAGACCUCUAUGCUCCAUCUGUGCCUCAAGCGGAUAUCAACCACUCGGCAGGAUGCACCCCAAAAGCCUUGAAAGAUAUUACUGCAGCCGCUUCAGCAAUCAUCGCAGCCAAUCAAAAGACAAAGCUGGCGCCAAUGGGCGGCGAGAUCAGCAUUGGCUGCUCAGCCGCAUCUGUGGAGUCCGCCACACCUUCGAAUAUGGGAACUCUUCGAGAGGGCUUGGAACACACGGCAUCGUCUGGUACAGCCGUGAUUGAGUUGAGAGGACUUGCAGCCACGGACACGGGAAAGAAGGAAAGGAGGACUCAAGAUCCCCUUGAUGGUUCUGUGAUACUUGAGUGA